UUGGUCCUGCACAGAAGUUGAAGUUAGCCAAAGUUUCCUGUGACCGCCACAGGCUGUUUCACCGGCGUUCUCCCCAGGAGAGUCCCCCCCUCGGGAUUUAUCAGUGGUCUUAUACGGCGAAGGCAAUUCGGACUAUUUCUGGUGCUCUCGAGUGGGCUGGACGCGGAAAUAUUCUUUUCUAUCAUGAAUCACGCCUGGGAGAAGAGUGUUUUCGAGGGUCACGUCGACGGCGUCCAGAACGAGCUAAGUAAAAUGUCUGGCAAAGCACAGAUGGAUCUUUCAGGGGCAAAAGCUCUUUCGGAAAACAUACAGAGCGCCGGUUCGUUGGAUCAUCCCGAGAAGAAGCCCCUCCCCGUCGGCGGCCAGCCGAGCGGGGGCGGACAGCAGCCCUUGGUCCUGACCCCGGCCGGCCUGCAGCUAGCCCAUCUCCAGGCCCAGCUGACCCUCCACCGGCUGAAGCUGGCCCAGACGGCCGCCAGCGGAGGCUCGGCCGCCGCCGCCACCGUCCUGAACCAGGUGCUGUCCAACGUGGCCAUGUCCCAGCCCUUCUUCAACCAGCUGAGGGCGCCCGCUUUGAUCGGCGCCGCCCACGGCCAGGCCGGCGGCCCCCAGCUGGGCCCCGGGUUCCCCGCUAGUGCGCUGGCCUUUCCCCCGCAGAGCUCCGCCCUGGGGCCUCUGGUCGGAGGGGGGUUCGGCUCCCACAACCCAAACCCUGGCGGGAUGAGGCUGAACUGCUACGGAGGCGGUUUGCCUCAGCCGCCGGGCCAGCAGGCCUCAGAGUACGGAAAGAAGGCUGGCGCCCCCUUCCCCUCCGCAUGCCAGCGCGGCAGCGAGGGGCCUCGCCCGCCCAGCGCCGCCCCGGCUGACGGAGGGAACCAGGGCGGCUUCCAGAGGGACUUCUUCGGACCGGAUGGUCAGGGACAGCCGCCGGCCUUUGCUGGAGAGCAGAAAUCGAGCCCAUUCCCAUCGGGCGGGCACAAAGACCAGCAGUGGCAGGGCUUCUCUCAAGCAGGGCAGCUGGACACCAACGCCAACGCGGGCGCAGGGUGGGCGCCCGGGCGCCAGCCGGCGUUUCACAUGAGGCCCGAGCUCUACAACCCCGAGGAGCCCACCCCGGACCCCAAGUUCAGCUCCGGCGCCGGGGCCACCGGCGCCCAGGGGUUCGAGGCAUAUCAGCUCCAGCCUGGGGAGGACCCUUUCUCUGGAUGCCCCGUGCCCUUGCAGCCCCACCAGCUCAACGACUUCCACGCUGUGACCCCCGCACACCUGCCACACCAGUGCACCAUCUGUGACAAGAAGGUCUACAACCUCAAGGACUGGGAUCAGCAUGUGAAGGGAAAAUUACACCUGCAGAACUGCAUGCUUUACUAUGAGGGCACCUCUGCUGGAUCAGCUAACUUCCCCGAGUCUUCUCAAGGAUGUCUGAACGCCUCACUAAAUAGCUCCAUGGUAUACUCUUCCCCUGCUAAUCAAGACAUAUCCUCUGAGAACAACUCACCUUAUUUGCAAGCUGCUCCAAUGAUGCCACACCCCUUGACAGGAAUGGGAUUUACACUGCCCUUGAGCGGGUUAAAGUUUCCUCUGAGGAAGCCGGGUCCAGGUCGAGUCGUGCACAUCUGCAAUCUCCCAGAGGGCAGCUGCACCGAGAAUGAUGUCAUCAACCUGGGGCUCCCAUUUGGAAAAGUCACCAAUUACAUUCUCAUGCGCUCCACUCAUCAGGCCUUUUUGGAAAUGGCCUAUGUUGAGGCUGCUCAGGCGAUGGUGAAAUACUAUCAGCUUAAUCCAGCCACAAUAAACGAGCAGAAGCUUCUGAUCCGGAUGUCAAAGAGAUACAAGGAGCUACAGCUGAAGAAACCAGGGAAGGAUGUGGAGUCUAUCAUCCAAGAUAUUAAUUCACAGAGGGAAAGGCAUGAGAAACAGGAGAUUGACUGCUACCCUCCGGAGCGAGUGAGGUCUCGCAGCCCCGUCAGCCGAUCGCUCAGCCCCCGGUCCCACAGUCCCAGCUUCACCUCCUGCAGCUCUGCCCACAGCCCGCCCGGGCCCUGCAGGGCCGAGCGGAGCAACGGCCUGGGGCCCCGGCACCCGUCCUGGGACUGGUCUUCGCACGCGUGGCAGGACGAGAGGGACGAGGCCUGCUGGAGGAACGGGGACGGGGACCAGCCCGGCGGCAGGCCCCCCGAGUGGAGGAAGGCCUACUUCCAGCCGACGGACAGGGCGAGCCCGCGGACGACGGAGGAGAGGGCGGAGGGCCAGAGGGGGGGCAGGGACAGGUACACCAGGAGCAGCCCCCAGGCUCCACCUUUCCUGCCAUACAGAAGCAAAGAGGAGGACUUUUACAAGCAGGAGCCCCCGUACAGGCCAGACAAGCCCUCCAGGCAGGUUUACCAGAGGCAUGAGGUGAAGGGAAAGAAGAGGGACACGCCGGAGAACCACAAAUCCCGACACUCGGAGCCACCGGAAGAUUCCACGGACCACAGAGCCGCCGAGGACAGGAAACAGACCUCCCCAGCCGGGGUGAAGGGAAAGACGCCAAGCAGGAAACAGGAAGUCGAGAAAGUGCGUGUAUUACAGGGAGAGGAGGCUGAAGAAAAGCAAAAUAAGGACAAGUCAAGAUCCCCUCUAGGUUCCUGUGAAAACGUGGAGCCCACUGAGUUUGAGGAAGGCAAAAACAAUGAGGCAGAGCGCUGGGACAGCGGGGAGGAGACGGAGGGCGAGAUCUGGUAUCCGGGCAACAUGGAGGAGCUAGUGACGGUGGACGAGGUGGGCGAAGAGGAGGAGGACGCCAUCAUCGAGCCUGACCUCCCCACAGAGCGACAGGAAGAGCCCGGGGAGACGACGGCCAGCCAGGACCCAAAGAAGGACCACGUUCGGAAUGAGGGGACGAACCGGGAGGGGUGCGCCGACGCCCCACCCGCGCCACGGAAAAAAGCCAAUGACGUGUCGUCCAGCGCUGGCUCCGAGGGCCCGGCAGGCGCGGAGCGGCGGUCGGGCACUGACCUUGGCGCCUUUGCUGCCGAUGCGUUCCAGGCCGUUGCCACGGACACGCCUCUCAGCCAGCUGCCGCUGGAGGGCCUCUCCAAUCACAGGGACGCGUGCGGAGGCAGCAAGCCCACGGACGCUGUAGCUGACUGCAAAACAGGAAGUCUGUUGCUGAUCGCCAAUGAGGCUCUUAACAAGGAUGAAAAUCAGGGUGAAAGAAAAGAUGUCCACGGUACUUUGCUUAGACAGUCUCCCAGACAGCUAGGUGUUGCGGUGAUAACAGCCUACUCACCAUCAUGGGAACAGGAGAAGGUCUUCAAUGAAAACGGCAUCCCACUGGGAGUGGAGUUCAUCGUGCCUAGGAGCGGCUUUUACUGCAAGCUGUGCGGAUUAUUCUACACAAGCGAGGAGAAGGCCAAGACCACCCACUGCAGGAGUAAAGUGCAUUACAGGAACUUGCAGAAGUAUCUGAGUCAUUUAGCAGAGGAGAGCAUGAACAAACAGAGCCUGCUCACUGGCCCGGCUUCCACAGAGUAGCAGGGGACUGGCCCUGCCCCGUGACUCCGGAGGACCCAGCAGGGCCAAAAUGGGGCCGUGUUCCGCAAAUGGAUAUAUCCACGGGGAAGCAGAGGACUUUGGGUAAAUCAGCAGGAUCAUGCACUGAAUCUAUAAUUAAAUGAAUGAAUGUUUUUUUUUUAACCAAAUAAAUCUAUCCCUUUCAUUUAAAGACCUGAAAUAAGGUUUAAAUAAACUGAUUUUUCUUGGUUAAUAUCACAUCAUGAUGGUUUCAAAAAGUACUAGUCUAAACUAUUGUAUGCUUCAGGAGAUUAAACCCUCUUACAACCAAUGGGGAUGUUAACAGAUUGCCACAUAUUCUACAGAGUUUAAGAAGAAACAAGAAGUGUACAGCAUAUAUACAAAUACUAAAGAUAUUUCUGUAAAUUUUAUUUAUUUUCAGAUGUAGAGGAAUUUAUUUUGUUAAUAUCUGAAAGUGUUACAUGUUGAGUUCUUUUGAAUUUUAGAAGCAGCUGAAGACCAUUAUUAUUAUUAUUAUUAUUAUUAUUAUUAUUAUUAUUAUUAUUAUUAAUUGUGCCUAGCCAUGUCAUAUUAGUAGCAACACUAAUUUAUUUACUAAUUUAUAAAAACAGGAGACUUCUGAGGUUACUAUUUGCUCCUGUUCAGUUUAUCUUUUAAUAGUCUCUUUGUUACUUCCACGGCAGACCAGUAUGCUAUGGUCUUAGAGGCCCUGCUUAGUUUAUUCCACAGACUCUGUGAUGCUCCACCCUGGCCUUUGAAGUCUGGUUCUCUCUUUCCUCACAUGUUAGGGAAAUCACCCUUAAAUGUGCCAAAAUAAAGACGGGCACAAACCUUUACUUAUUUAAUUUUCUUUCAGAUUUACCCUCCAAAAUGAAAACAUGGCAUGGAUUCAGUCAACAUUUUUCCUUAACUUUGAAUUACACAGUGCGGGGCCAAGUAAUUUUGGCGAUUGCCGAACUUGCCAAUCAGUGUAUAUGAAAAAAACAACAUUUUCAAUUCAUCAUGAGUCAAAGUAAGAUCUAUGUUGAUUCAAUCUUAGCCAGACUGCUUAUUUUCAAGAAAUGUACACUAUUUGUGCCAAGUACAUGUGCCAAAUUUUCUUUCUCAAUGCCACCCUUCAACUGCUACCAUAUUCACUUCUUUAACGCAGCUAAAGCAGCGAAUGUGAAUAAGACUGACUACUCUGGCUGGGUCCAUUCCUUUUCCAGAUUGUUUGUCUUUGCGAUUAUUAGAGUAAUUCCUGUGUACCCCAAUGGUAAUAUUUGGAUUUUAUGCCCCAGAAUUAAAAAAAUAAAAUGGUAUAUGGUCAGUUCUCAUGAUGAACCAGGAUUUGGAGUGAGGGAGUGGGCUGGGGAGUUGGGUAUUUGCAAGGUGCCCGAAUCUGCUCAUGGGAAACAGAAUGAAAUGCAAUAUCUGAACUCUUUUGUAAAAUUUGUUGUUUGUGGUUUCUGAAGUCAUUGUUAAUAAACAGGCUUUUAUGCAAUACGGACACCAAAAACAUUCUGAACAAGGGAUUACUGUAAAGAUACUUGAACUGGACCAUGUGCGCUUUUUAUUUAUUGCAGUUUAAUAAAUAGUAAUAUACAUAAAUAUAUUAUUAUGUAUUAAUAUAAAUAAAUAAUUCAAAUGUAAGUGUGUGGUGAUUUGGUGUAAUGGGAUGAUGCACACUGGAUUUUGACGUUGUCUUCUUUCUCUUUUAUAUACUGUGAAAACUCUGGGACCCGGUAUUCAGCGGGCUUAUUAGUUCAUUGUUUUUAACAAGGGGUGUUCUUAAACACAUAUUUAAAUAAACAUUUUGAAAAAAGUA